AAAAAAUGGACUCAUGUUCAAAAUUAAUAGCAAGAUAAUAUUGGACAAUUUCUACGUGUAGCAGAAUCAGUAAGUAUGUUUGGCAUGUCUUAUUCAUGUCUUUUCUCAUGUAUAUGUUAGCUUCAUAUACCCCAAUCAGAUUUAUUUCAGACGGUAGACCUUUUAGAAGGAAAACGAAUGCAGAGUGUCAUUUCUUGUCUUUUAGCUAUUAAAAGAAUCAUGAGUGAAAGAAAGGUGAUACCCACCAAGCAAACAACGAAAUUUCCUACUACAGGCAGGAAGAAAAGUAGCAAGAACCUAUUACUGCUUGCAUCAGCAUACCCCACGUUAACACAUGCUACAACAUGCAAUUUACUACAAAAAAGCGGUCGCACAAGUCCAAGCAGCAUCAAACAAACCUCAGAAAAAAAGAGUCCUGUGCAUCAAUACAUGUCUUCUGCUACAAAAAACCAGGCCAACAGAACAUCUGUGUUUGACUGGCCAAAGAAACCCAUCGAUGCUCGCUCAGAGCAAAAAAAGCAACAAACAAAUGGUGGAUAUGUUAAAUUGCAAGUACAAAUGAUCACCACUAACAAUCUCACUAUGGCUUCUGAGCCAAAGGCAAAAGCCAGACGAUCUUCUUCUUCUGAAAAUAGUCUCAAGUCUGAAGAAAGAUUGUGCGUUGAGAAACCUGUUCCAUUAAAAGCAGAGAGUGCAAGAGAAACAAGAAAAUCAUUAGCACCGCCUAUACCUAAACCUUCCAAAUCGACACCUCUUGUGGCAGCCACGAAUGUCACUGUCACUACAACAAAAGGCUGUUGUGAUCAAAAGGCUGCGGCAGAGAACAACCUUCAAUACUAUAACAAUAUCGAAUCAGCAAAUCGAAAGACGUCAUUAAAAAAGAUGGGAUCUUGUGCCAUCACAGUAGAAAGUGAUGAUGGCGCUACAGCUGUUUAUGCACUUGGAAGAAGUAUUGGCAAAGGACAAUUUGGCGAGGUGUUUGGCGGUCUAAAUAUGGAUACAGGAGAAUAUGUUGCUAUCAAAAGAAUUAAAAGAAAUCAAAUGGAUUGUGAUGAUAUGAACGAGGUAGGCGUACUACAGCAUUUAAACAAUGAACACAUUGUGCGUUAUAAAGGGUUUGCAAAAGACAAGGAGUUUCUAAACAUCAUUCUAGAAUAUGUUGAGAUGGGCUCACUUCAUAACAACAUUAAAGCAUUUGGAAAGUUUCCUGAGAAAUUAGCAGCUUCCUAUACGUACAAAAUUCUUUCUGGCUUACACUAUUUGCAUUCAAAAGAUGUCAUUCACUGCGAUUUAAAAGCUGCCAAUAUCUUGACGACCAAGACAGGCGGCUUGAAAUUAACUGAUUUCGGUGUUUCUCUUAGUCUCAAGAUGAAAGACGACGAAACCACAGGUGAGCCAGCAGGCACACCCAAUUGGAUGGCACCAGAAGUCAUCAAAUUCGCAGGUGCCUCUGCAAAAUCAGAUAUUUGGUCAUUAGGCUGCACCAUUGUAGAGAUGCUGACUGGUAAACCGCCUUAUGCAAACAUGCCUUCUUUUGCUGCUUUGUAUCGUAUUGUAGAAGACGAUGAGCCACCUAUUCCAAAGAAUCUCAAGUUAUCAGAGGAAGCGAUGGACUUUCUCAAGAGCUGUUUUAAAAAGAAUCCUGAAGAUAGACCGUCUGCAUUGGAACUCAUGAAGUCAAAGUGGAUGGAACCUUAUUUUAGACAAGACAAAACACUCUUAUUAUCACCACCUCCUAGUCCUGACUACACUACCAAGCGAAGCAAGAGUGAGGAAGCUGAUAUUGAUAGAAAGCAUCAAUUCAUUGAUUACCAAACACACAAAACGGGUGAAGAAUGCUCUGGAUGUUUCUCUCUCAUGAAAAGUGUAUGGGCUAAGUAUUGUCAAGGUAAAAUUAAGUUACACAACGAUAGUAGUAUUCAAUUUUCAAAACAGGUUGCCAACUCAAGUGUCAUUCUCAAUGUGUUCAAAAGAUAGCUUAUUGUAAUAGACAGCAUAAAACUUUUGAAAAGCGAUUUACACCAUUGGCUCCUUUGAACAGUAGCCAUAUCAACGAUAAAAAGAUCUAUUUACCUGUUAUUCAACCUCAGUCGACGACUCAUCAUCGCCAUUACCAUCAUUAUAAAUCAGAAGGAUAUUCUCAGUCAAAAGCAGGUAAUCAAAGAAACAGAAUUUCUUCUAUCAUGACAUAAAAUCGAACAAAGCAAAAUGAUAACUUGUAUAUACACACAUUCUAUAUAACUAUACCUCUUAUAAAUAUCCUGAUAAGCUUGAUUGUUUAUAGAGCAAUAAA